AAAUCCUCCGGUUAACAACCCUAGUUUAAAUGGUUUUCCAAACAUUGCAUCAAAUUUUAAUAAAAAUAUUCUACUACGCAUGCCUAACGCUCAAAUAUUCACAAGUUAUAAUAAUUUAACAAUGUUUUUCAAACCUUAAAUACUUAAUUAGUCGUUAAAUAAUGAACGUUGCAUCACUUAAUUUUAUAUGUUUUAACCACAGGAGAAACUUGGGUUUUUUUGCCGCUGCUGUGUUAGCUUUAAUCUACGAAUUUCCUUAAUCAAGUCUUUCUACAAAGAUAUGUUUAUCAAUAAGAGAAGAGCUCAAAUGAUGUCUUGGGAUACAAAUGAAGUCUUCAAUUUUUUAACAAACCAAAAGAUUAGCUCUAAGUAUGCAACUAUUCUCAAUCAGUUAAAACUUGAUGGGACACAUCUAUCAACUUUCAAUUUAAGUGACUUUAAAAAAUUAGAUACUUCUAUUCCUGUGCCAAAAUUUAUAAUUAUCAAAAAAAUCAGAGACAACUAUCUUUAUGAAGGAUUAGUCACUAUUAAAGAGAAACUUCAACUUCCUAGAAAAUUUGGAGAAUCUGUUUCAUCUGACUUAAAAUAUAAACAAGGAUCAAUUUUGAUGCCUGAAAAACCACAAUAUUUAAACAAAGUUAUUAGGGAGUUUAAUGAAUUCUCUUUAGUGGUUAUAAGCUAUUAG